AUGCACGCGCUGUGCGCGCGCGGGAUGCACGCGGACGCGCUGUCGGUGCACGCGCUCGCGGGGACGCACGGCGUCUACGCGCCGGGGAAUCCGACGCACUACCGCGCGCUGUUUAAAGCCCUGCGCGGCGCGGGCGCGGAGGACGGCGGGAGCAUGCCGCCGCUCAGGGCCGCGGAGGCGGCGGUCGCGGACGCCGCGCGCGCGGCGGAGGCGAAGGCGGAGAGCGCGCGACGCGAGCGCGGGGAGAAGUCGCCUUCGUGCGCGUCGUCCUCCGCGACUCGGUCGGCGUACGGCGUCGGCAGGAUGAAAAACGUCUUCAAACCCUCGGUCACGCCGCCGCCGACGCCGAUGGACGUCGAGAUCGCCGCGACCGCGGUCCGCGCGACGCUGCACGUCGCCGCCGCGGGCGGCUUCCCCGAGCUCGCGAUCGACGCCGUCGACCGGUUGACGUUUUCGCGCGCCGCCCCGCGGCCGGAAGAUCUCGAGUGCGCGCUCGAGGCGUUCGAACGCGCGGGCGACGCCGCGGGCGCGGUCGCGCUGUGGAACGAGCGGCUCUCUCCCGCGGCGACGGCGACGACGCCGGGGCAUCGCGUCGCGUUCGAGCCGACGAAGCGCGCGUGGACGGCGCUGAUCAAGGCGCACUGCGACGCGGGGGAGGCGGACGCGGCGGCGGCGCUGCUCGAAGACGCCGUCGCCGCGGCGACCUCGCAUCACUCGCCGUCGCCGUCGCCGUCGCCGUCGAGCUCGAAGAAGACGCAGACGCAGACGCGAUCGCGCGGGCCCCCCCGGCAUCGCAAGCCGCCGAGCGACGGGAACAAGCGGCGCGACGGCGUGGAGCUCAUCGCGUUCAACCUCGUCGCGACCGCGUUGGCGCGCGUCGGCCAGCCGAGACGCGCUGAGCGGCUCGUGUUGUCGUCGAUGCGACGCGCGGGCGUUCGACCGGACGAGGCGACGUUCAACGCGCUGAUCGGGGGGUACGCCGCGAUCGCGCGGCCGCCGACCGGUGGACGCGCGAACGACGACAGCCUGGGGUGGCGCUACGACCGGGAGACGCUCGAGGGACGAGACGGCGGCGGAGGCGGGAUGUCCGUGUUCGCGGGAGAGGAGACGGAGACCGCCGAGACCGCCGCCUUAACCGCCGAGCUCGACGCGGACACCGACGAGACCCCCGUGGACGCGUGCUUCCGCCUCGCGCGAUCGAUGCGCGACCCCAGCGUCCGCCUGACCCCCUCGCGACGCACGUGGACGGCGGUCAUCACCGCGUGCGCGCGCGCCGGCGACCCCGCGCGCGCCCAAGAGGCGUUCGACCGCGCGCGCGCUCGCGGCGUUAAAGCGGAUAAACGCACGUGGACCGCGCUCAUGAACGCGCACGCGUCCGUGGGCGACCUCGACGCGACCGCGGACGCGUACUGGCGGAUGCGCGCGGAGGGGAUAACGCCCGACGAGGCGACGUUAGCCGCGGCGUUGACGGCGGGGCGACGCGGCGGCGGCGACGCGAGCGUGGCGACGGAGGUGUAUCGGGACAUGCGGUCGCUGAACGUGCGUCCGAACAACGCGGGGUUUCGGCAGCUCACGGAGAUGUGGGUGGACCAGGCGUUCGACGUCGACGCGAACAGAGCGGCUGCGGCAGCGGCGGCGGCGUCCGACGCGAGGAAGGGGACGACGACGACGACGACGACGACGACGACGACGACGAAGAAGCGAGAAGAAGCGGGAGCGCCCCGGACGCCAAACUUCCUCCUCGCCGACGUCGUCG